AUGCAGCGCUACGUCGUCCGUCGACAAAGCUCUCUUGCUGCUGCGAAGAGGAUACUGGCGCAAGCUGACGACGAGCCUGAUUUUGAACCCCAGAGAGCGGUGCCGAAGCCCAAGACGCGGCACGUCGCCGCCAAAUCUCGAUCAUCUCCAGCGCAAACAGACGCGUCUGAAGCGGACUUCACUCCGGACGCUGAGCAAGAUGAGGGCCAUGAAAUUGCAGAACCGCAACCCAAGCGGCGGAGAGUCGAGAAAUCAAAGAAACCCAAGAAAUCCGACGCGGCCAAGUUGCACAUGGACCUCCUUAGUUCCUCGCGAGAGGUGAUCAAGGAUCCUUGUAUGCCCCCAUCAAGGACGCACGCAACCUCUUACCACCGGCCUUUAUUAUUAGAUGGUCAAUCGGGAAGAAAUGGACGAGAUGCCCUCCUAUCCUGGUUCGACUCAAUCAGCACUACUCGAGGGAUGCCUUGGCGGAAAGCCUGGAUAGAUCCGGCUUCUGUCCCGGACCCAGGGGACCUCCGCCGGGCGCUCGAGAAGCGCGCCUACGAGGUCUGGAUCAGCGAGAUUAUGCUGCAGCAAACACGCGUGGCGGUUGUCAUCGACUACUGGAACAGAUGGAUGGCGCGGUGGCCCACAAUCCAGGACCUCGCCUCUGCUGAACCUGAAGACGUGCUCAGCGCGUGGCGUGGGCUGGGGUAUUACUCCCGCGCGACGCGGAUCCACGAGGCCGCGAAGCUCAUUGUUGGGGAUGAGAAGUGGAAGGGUCUGAUGCCGGCCGACACAUCGGAGAUGGAAGCCAAGGUCCCUGGUGUUGGGAGGUACACGGCCGGUGCGAUCUCGGCCAUUGUGUUUGGCAGGGCGGCGCCGAUGGUGGAUGGCAACGUGCUGAGGGUCUUGAGUCGACAACUGGGUAUUUUUGGGAACGUGAAGACGGACAAGGCGAUUAUUGACCUGCUUUGGGCGGCGGCGGAUGCGCUCGUCAAAGCGGUUGCGAGCGAUGCGGUUGCAGGAGAUGGAAAGGAGAACACCGAGACACCUGCGAGUGAUCGGCCUGGGAGAUGGGGCCAGGCUUUGAUGGAGCUAGGAAGCACCGUCUGUACACCCAAGCCCAACUGCGCCGAAUGUCCCAUUACGAAGACGUGUCGGGCCUACGCCGAAGGUAUCGCGCUGGCUGCCAAGCCGAAGAAAGCGACGAAGGUGGAGGACAUUGAAGAUUUGUGCUCAAUAUGCGAGCCCUUUGAAGAAGACAUUGAUGAGGGCUCUGCAUCAGGCGAGGACUCAGACGCCGCCCCGAAAAAGCCGGCCAAGGUAGUCAAGGGGGCUAAACCUGGGACGGGGCCGAAGCAAGCCACAUUGGCAGCGUUCAAGUUCACUUCCAAGGCUGCGGAGAAGGAGACGCCGCCGAACAAGCAGUCACUAGACGCAAAAACUCUAGAAAUCAUAGCCAAUCACGCGAAAAAGUUCCCUCUCAAGGUCGUCAAAAAGGCGGUACGGGAGGAAGAGGCACUGGUCUGCGCCAUCCGACGCGCUGACGGGCUAUUCUUGAUCCACCGGCGCCCUGACAAGGGCCUGCUUGCUGGACUGUGGGAGCUGCCUAGUCAUACUCUGCCAGCCGCGACCAGCAAUUCGGCGGCAUCGCGGAAACGGGACGCCCAGGCAUAUGUGUCGGACCUGGUUAGCGGCGGUAAGAAGCUGAAAUUACGGCACAUGGGAGAAAUAGGCAGCGUGCCGUGGCUCUUCUCCCACCUAAAACUGACCAUGCAUGUUCACCUCUUCGAAGCGGAAGGGUCGGGGGAUCUUGCUUCUAAGCAUGAUCGGCAUAAGUGGGCGACGGUCGAGGAGAUUGAGGACGAGUCGAUGGGAACCGGAAUGAGGAAGUGCUGGGCUCUGGUGACGGAGUCGGCGGUUUAA